AUGGAUGCCAUAUCAGCCUACAGCUUCACGUCCUGCGCCUGGCACCUGCUGCAGGCAAUACCACUAAUCAUCUGGCCCGCGGCCAUCAACGGGCUGCUGACGUACGCGGGCGAGCAGGGCGCCGUGCCCGUGCCCAGCAUGCCCAUGCAGCCGUCGAGCUCCGUCGAGAACUACUUCGCGCGCAGCCUGGGGCUGGCCCUUCUGGCGCUGGGGAUGGUCACGGUUGUGUUGACGGGGAGCCUGCCGUUGGGUUCGAUGGUCGAGUCCCCCACCGAAACUCCCUCCCCCUACGCCGCCGCCAGCGUCCUCCUGACGACGCUUCACCACGUCAGCGCGGCCUUCUACUGCUGGGCGCGGUACAACAAGACGCAACAAACAGGCUUCCUGCUCGGCUUCGUCGGGAGUGCGGUCCUGGCCGCGUUCGGGACCUGGUGCGUGCUGUUCGGCGGCGGCAAGGCGCGCGUCAGCCGCCGCACGGGCGCCGAUAAGCGCACGAGCGGGUUUCCGUUCCGGAAUGCCGAGGCGGAGAAGCGGAAGGGGCGGUGA